UUCCGAGCCACUCUCUUGAUCUUGACAUCAACCACAACCAAGAACUUUGCCAUCACCUGAAACCUGAUCCUCCGCCACCUCUUCGAUCAUCAUCAUUUGCCACAAGCUAGAAGUUUUCCAUUGCUGUUGGGCUGCAUUGACUUGCUUGGAUCCUAGGAGAUGAACCAAUCAUCUAUGCUACCUCCAUCAGGCCUCCAGCAUCCCGAACUUGGAACUGCACCACCCAAGAGAAAGCGCAGGACCAAAGCUGAGAUGGCGGAAUAUCGAGACGACUUAAUGGCCAGGCAGAGGGACAGGAACGCAAGUGCCAAGCGGCAGAGAAUCAAACAAAAAUCCCUACGGGUAGCGAGUGGCUCUCAAUCUCAGCAGGCCCAACCCUCCACCUCCCGAUCCCAACCGGCUGCUUCCAGGUCAACAAACUCCCACAAUUCCCAAGGUGGAUGCCCUCUGUUUCAGUACUCGGACUACGGUCUUGUAUGUACUUAUCUUGAGAACCCAAGAAACUUCACUGAAAUCCACGGAGAUGGAUCUCAAACCCAUGUUGGUCCUAAAUGUAUCACCAAGGGGGCCGCUUACGAACGCUUUGCGAUAUACAUGAACGAUAGCAGUCACAGUGGCCUUAAUUUGGAUGGGAAGCUCCUUCGUCAACGACUGGUGGCCUACAAGAAGAAGUUCUCUGAUGCAAAGAAAAAAUCAAAUUCGACUGGGGAAGGUACUCAGGAGGGCGAUGAGUUGAGAUCAUACAAGGAUCAAUUGGAAGAAGAGUGCCCUUACUACUCUAGAAUGGAUGCAAUUUUUGGAAAGAAGGCAAAUUACACCCCUGCCGGUCUUUUCGAGUCUGAGCAAGGCACCAGUCUAUACUCUCAAAUACGCCCCGAAAUCGAUCCAAGCCUUGAUGUAGCGCACGCCUCACAGGAAGGAAAUCUUGAUCACGAAUUGGAACCAGAUGACAACAAUGAGCUGCCUUCCCUCCAUGAAAUCUUCCCCACAAGCUCUCAAGAAACUUUUUUGACUGGACUAGUUAGCCCAACACAAUCAGUUCCGCACGGUACCUUCACUCAGGGCUCAGCGAGUACCACCACUGCCAUCCAUCAACCCCGACGCACCAUGGAAUCAAUUAUGGGUGACCUUCAAGUCAACAUCGCACAAGAAGAUGCUGCAGAUUUCGAUGAUACCAACAACGUAGGUGUCGAAUUACCUUCUACCCCUGCUUUGGGCUCAGCCUCUCGUGGACGGUUCGUGAAUUUGCCCGGUGUUGACCGAUCUAUCCCAGCUCCAAGGAGGGAUAUCACCAACCAAAAGUCCAAACCUACAGUUGCUGGGGCCUUUGAAUCUUUGUCUGAACGCAAAUUUGCCUACCUCGACAAGCACAUGAGCUUAGAGGAGAGAAGGUUUAAUUGGGAGAAGGAGAAGUAUAAUAAGGAAAAAGGAGCGUCUUCCAAUCAGGAAGAAGCCAAAAUGAAAGCUGCCAAAAAAUGGAUCAAUCAGGGAAAGUCCGCUGUUGAUGUUCAAAUACUCAUUGACAGUCUUUUCUAG